AUGUCCACUGAAUUUGAUGCUUUACAAGCACAAGGUACUUGCUCACUUGUGCCUCCUUCAUCUAAUCAAAAUGUUCUUGGUUGCAAGUGGAUUUAUAAAACAAAAUACAAUGCGGAUGGUUCUAUUGCAAGAUACAAAGCACGGUUAGUCGCUCAAGGUUUUAAACAAGAAUACGGGUUGGAUUAUUUAGAGACUUUUAGUCUGAUUGCCAAAUUUCCAACAAUCCGUAUUUUUCUAACUGUUGUCGUGACUCAUAAGUGGAAAUUUCUACAAUUAGAUGUCUCUAAUGCUUUCCUUCAUGGAGAUCUUACAAACACAGUCUAUAUGUCUCAACCAAUUGGGUUUGUGGAUUCAUUACAUCCAAACCAUGUUUGCUUACUCAAAAAGUCUAUCUAUGGCUUGAAGCAGUCACCACGACAAUGCAAGCGGAAUCUCAUAUUUGAUAUUUCUGAAAUCAAAGACAAGGUUUCCAUGGUGCCGGAGGGCAUUCGUGAGAAAAGCUCACAUCAUGACCGUGAUCGAAAUCGGGCCGCGUUCAUGAUGGCAAUUUCAUCCCCACUCCCACUUCGUUUUCGUUGUCGCUUCCACUCCGAUCAUGCGAUGUCAAACAUCUCGCUUUGGAAUGCCAUACUCCAAGGAGCUUCAAGUGGUAUUAGUACAAAAACAGCUCACGCGGGGAUGCCAUCAUUCAUGCUCUCACAAGAUGUCAUAAAGAAUUUCCUUAUGUGGUGUAAUGCCAAAGGUUGGUUAGAAUUAGCUUGUAAGCUAUUUGAUGAAUUAACUGAGAAUAAUCUUUUUUCAUGGAAUGCCUUGAUUGACUUUGAAUUUUGUAUUUGUCCUGGAUUGUUCUUGCACCAAUCCACUACAUGGACUACGAGGCAGCUUCGCCUUCUCUCCCAGUUAAGAUCCGUUUACUUGACUUAUGCCGAACGCAACCUUUUCCCGCUGGAGUUCUUUCUCAUGCGAGCUCUGUUUCUCCUACUGUUCAUUUGUUCUGCUCUCUCUACCUCGAUCAUCGUUGCCAUGGCGGAAUGGUUUGUUGGUCCAAUCAUGGACAAGAUCAUCAACGCUUGCUCUGAUUACCUGGAAGAGCAAGUCGGAUGGCAGACGGGCAUGAAGAAAGAGCUGCAAAGGCUGCGAGAGAACCACCCCAAGAUCCAAGCUGUCGUCUUUGCCGCUAACCAAGCACAAAUUAGCGAUCAGAACCCGGCUCUCAACAUAUGGAUAUGGCAGCUGCGAGAUGCUAUUGAUGAGGCAGAUGAUGUGCUGGAUGAGUUUGAGUGCAUGAAGCAUAAAGAACAGCUCCCCAAAAACACGGAAGAAGAAAAGAAAAGAAAGCUCACGAGCUUCCUAUUUGAAAGCCCUCGUGAAAUUCUCAAAAUUGGCGAACGUGUUCUUAAAAGGGAUCCCAACUUGAAGCGACUGGAGGAGGCUGUGCAGAAACUUGAUAAAGUUUCGGCUGAUGUUGCUACUUUCCUUCAUCUUUUAGACAGCGUGAAGCAGGAACAGAAGGAGCAGGAGAUUGAUUUCUACAAAAGACGGGAAACAGGAUAUUUGCCUAAAAAUGAUCUCAUCGGGCGGCGCAAGGAGAAGGAGCUUGUUGUGCAGUGGUUGAGGAAGCCAUCAAAUGAGCAUCGGGGAACUGAUUUGUACAGAAACAUUUCUCUUCUAUCUAUAGUGGGUCAUGGUGGUAUGGGGAAGACAACUCUCUUGCAACAUGUUUAUAAAGAUGAUGAAAUUACAAAGGAAUUUGAUCUUAAAAUGUGGGUUUGUGUUUCCAACAACUUUGAUGUGAAAAAAGUCAUUGCAGAUAUGUUGGAAUGUCUUAAGAAGGAGAGGCCUCGUUGGGAGACACUUGUGGCACUUCAAGGGCGUCUCGAGGAGGAGGUGAUGUACAAGAAGUUCUUACUUGUGCUGGAUGAUAUUUGGGAGGAGGAGGAGGAACGGGAUAGAAGUAAAUGGGAGAAUGUGUUCGCCCCUCUAGCUUCUCGGGCUUUUGGUAGUAAGAUUCUGGUAACAACUCGAACAGAUUCAGUUGCACUGAUGUUUGCAAACUUAAUUAAAAAGAAGAAGGAAAUAAUUAAAUUAAAGGGCCUAGAGAAAGAUGAGUGUUUGCAGCUCCUCAACUCUCAUGCAUUUUCUGGUGUAGAGAACCCUAAUGAUCAUGAAAAUUUAAGAGUCAUUGCUCGAGAUAUAGUUAAAAAGUUUUCAAGUUCUCCUUUGGCAGCAAAGGUCAUUGGUGGUGUUCUAAAUUCUCUUGACUUGGAUGAAAGGCGUUGGAGGACAGUUCUAGAAAGCAAUUUAUUGGGUCAGACUUCUGUCGAUUCCAUCUUAAGACUGAGCUAUAUAGUUCUGCCAAAUCCUUUAAAAAGUUGUUUUGCAUUUUGCGGCAUGUUCGCACAAGAUCAUAAGUUUGAUAAAGAAGAUUUAAUCCGAAUGUGGAUUGCGUUGGGUUUCAUUCAGCCAUCUCUUGAUCAAGAAGAGACUAUGGAGGAUAUCGGGGGAAGGUAUUUUGACGUUUUGGCUAAAAAAUCUUUCUUUGACAAGUUUGACAAAGGCUACAAGAUGCAUGAUUUACUACAUAAAUUGGCACAGUCAGUUUUCAAACAAGAAUGUUUAAGGGUUGAGGAUAGUACAAAGUUGCCUUCUAAAAUUCCUGAGACUCUGCGACACUUGUCUAUUAAAACUACAAAUCUAGACAUCUUAAGACAGAUUGAGAAGUUUAAACAUUUGCAUUCUCUUUUCUUGUUCUAUGAAGGUUCUAAUCAGGAUCUUUGCGGUGCACUUAUUAAAAUAUUCAAAGCAUCGAGAUGCUUGCGCUUAUUAUACAUACAUACUCAUGAAUUGGAAAUGAUACCUGAGGAGAUUGGAUAUUUGAAACAUCUUCGAUAUUUGGAUAUUAGAAGAAUUGAUGUCACUGGGCUACCAAGAUCUCUAAGUAACCUCUAUCACUUGCAAUACAUAAUCUAUGAAGGAUGGGUAAAGUCAAGCCGACUUGGCCGACUUGAAGUUGAUGAUGUUUUACCAAUUGACAUUAAAAGCUUUUCUAACUUGCGUUUGGUGACAUUGCUCGGACAUUGUUUUUCAUCGGUACGUGGGAUUGGGAAGCUAAACUUUCUUGAUGAAUUGGAAAUGUUUGAUCUUAGAGAUGAGAUGGGUUAUAGAAUUGAUGAGUUGAAGUAUUUGAAUUAUCUUUGCAAAUUAGGCAUCAAUUGCCUUGAAAAUUUGAAGGAUGCCGAGGAGGCUCGUAAUGCCCAACUAUGUGAAAAGAGGAGGCUCGCAGAUUUGACCUUAUGUUGGAGUGACACUGAUUCAAGGAAUAUCGAUUUAAAUCAAAACGUGCUCGACAACCUUCAACCACCAAAAUGUCUAAGGAAUCUGAGCAUAAAGAGAUACAUGGGUGCAAGGUCUGCAAUAUGGAUGAACAAUGUCAAUCUGCUCUCCAGCAUACAAAAAAUUGAGGAAAUCGAAUUGUCAGAUUGCAUGGAAUGGGAAACUCUUCCACCUUCUGGGCAACUUCCCUUUCUCAAGUCUCUGAGACUUUCUAACAUGCCGAAAGUAAAAUGGCUCGAAAGUAAAUUUAAUGGGAAUGAUAAAUACCGUGCUUUUCCAUUGCUAGAGGUGUUAUAUAUUUGGGGAUUAGAAGCAUUAGAAGAUUGGUUUGAGGCAGGAAUAGCUGCUGAAGAUGGAUGUUUGUUUCCUUGCUUAAUUGAACUGACCCUAUCUCACUGCCCGAAGUUGAAAGAGUUGCCCUCUUUGCCUUCUAAGCUCAUGAGGUUGCAGAUAAAUAAAAUUAGGUGGACUACUUUGAAUUUUUGUAGCAAUUCAAAUCCUAUUCCCCUUGAAAUAUUAUUAGUCCUUUUCUGUCCUAACAUUACAUCUCUUCCUCUGGCUGAUGAAGCAGCAAGACUUGCUGGACUAAGAUUCUUGGCAAUUUUAAAUUGCCCCAAUCUGGUAUCUCUCGGAAGACAUCGAGAAGUGGAGGCCACUAAUAAUUGCCAUCUCAUGGUCAGGAAUCUCUGGAUAAGCGACCCAUCGGUGUUGCUAAUGGAGCCAUUGACAAGUAUCGCCUCCGUAAAAACGCUGUUUAUUACGGAUAAUGAUGAGCUGGUUUCAUUUCCAAAUGAGGCGGAGCAGUGGCUUAUGAAAUUUAGAUCUUCUCUUUAUGAGCUGCAAUUUGAAAGGCUCAAAUCCUUACAGUCUCUCCCUUCCUCCUUGGAAAGCUUUUCUUCACUUCAGAAACUAUGUAUUCAACAUGUUCCUAUGCUUCGUGAAUUGCCGAACCUUCCUUCCUCUUUGGAAAGUCUAUCAAUUGCGGGAUGUCAUCCAGAGUUAUAUGAGCUCUAUCGAGGGGAUGGAGGCUCCGAUCGGCACAAGAUUGCUCACAUUCCUUAUAUCGAUAUUCCUCCCUGA